CGCACCGUCGGGUUUUGACAGUCCCUCGCCCUGGGAAGUGGGUGGGUCUGGAUGAUGGUCCCCUUUUGAAACUUGGGGAAACCGCGUCUUACAAAACCUGGGGGGUGGGGCCGGAGUUUGCCUGGAGGCCGACAGUCACCCCCCACCCUGCGCACAUCCAGGGACCGGGCAGAAGGGUCGGAAGUCGGCGGGCAGAGGGCGCAGUCGGCGCCGGUGCCCCAGCGGGGCUGGGCACAGCCGGAGGGAGCCGGUCACGUGACCGCGGCCCGCCGCCUCGCGGGGCUGGCRGUGCAGCUCCCUCUGCCCUCCAGGCUUGCGACAGUCACUGAUCGCCCCCCCUGGGGGGGGGGCUUUGUCACUCGCUCCCACUGACCCUCCCUCAGGUCGUGGAGCCCAGAGCGCGGUUCCCGGCGGCCCUUGCGGGACAGGUGAGCCACUCGCCAGCGCACAGCCCCGCCUCCCGGCGCCUCCCAGGCACUAGUGACCACUGAGGACCUCGAGGAAACUGAUGGGAACUGCAGAUGGGCAGUGGGAGUCUCCAGAGGUGGUGUCCAGGGUUUGAGCUGCCCUAAGUCUGCAGACGGGCUGGACGUGGACCGCAGACAUGGCCCAGCCACUGGCCUUGGUCCUCAACGUCCCUGAGGCUCUAGGGGACCAGGACCAGGAGCCCAGUCCCUAUGAGGAGAGCGAGGUGCAUGACUCCUUCCACCAGCUCAUCCAGGAGCAGAGCCAGCUGGCAGAGGAGCUGGAGCUGCAGCAGAGGCAGCUGGUGGCCGGAACCCUGGGGGUCCUAGGCAGUGGUCACCAGACCCUCCUGGAGCCAGGGGGUGCCCCUGUCCACAGCGCAGCCACACUCCGCAUCUUGGCCAGCAUGCCUAGCCGCACCAUCGGCCGCAGCCGCGGGGCCAUCAUCUCCCAGUACUACAACCGGACGGUGAAGCUGCGGCACCGGGGCAGCCGGCCCCUGCUCGGCGACAUGGUGCACUCUGCCCGGCCCAGCCUCCGCCUGUAUGACCUAGAGCUGGGCCCCACGGCCCUCGAGGAGGAUGAGAAGCAAGGCCUCCUGGUGAAGGAGCUUCAGGGCCUGUCGGUGGCCCAGCGGGACCACAUGCUCCGGGGGAUGCCCUUGAACUUGGCUGAGAAACGCUGCCUGCGAGAGAAGAGCCAGGUACAGAGGGGGAAGCAGAGGGCCCGGCAGGACCGUGGGGGUGUCUUUUCCUGCUGCAGCCAGCUCAGAUACGCCUGCAUCCUGGCCCUGCAUAGCCUAGGGCUGGCGCUGCUCUCUGGCCUGCAGGCAGUGAGGCCGUGGCACCACACACUGAAGCAGAUCGGAGGCCAGUUCGGCUCCAGCGUGCUCUCCUACUUCCUGUUCCUCAAGACCCUGCUGGCCUUCAACGGGCUGCUGCUGCUGCUGCUGCUGGGCCUCCUCGUGGGGGUGCAAGCUGCCCUCCCGCCUGGCCCGCCGGACCCUGCCCCCGCCUUCACAGGGCUGGAGCUCCUCACAGGCGGGGGCUGCUUCACCCACACUGUCAUGUACUAUGGGUACUACAGCAACGCCACGCUGAACCAGCCCUGCGUCCCUCCGCGGGAUGGCCACCAGUGCAGCCCCGGGGCCAGCAGCCUGCCCUACAACAUGCCCCUGGCCUACCUCUUCACCAUGGGGGCGGCCUUCUUCAUCACCUGCAUCUCCUUGGUUUACAGCAUGUCGCAUGCUUUUGGGGAGAGCUACCGGGUGGGCAGCACCAAGGGCGUCCACGCCAUCACCGUUUUCUGCUCCUGGGACUACAAGGUGACUGAGAAGCGGGCCUCUCGCCUCCAGCAGGACAACAUCCGCACCCAACUGAAGGAGCUGCUGGCUGAGUGGCAGCUGCACAGGAGCCCCCAGAGCCUGCGUGGGCGGCUGCGGCGGGCGGUCCUGCUGGGGCUGGCGUGGCUGCUGUGUCUGGGCACCAUGCUGGGCUGCUCUGUGGCCGUCUUCGUCUUCUCAGAGGUCACGAUCCAGAGCCCGGUGUCUGCGGGCCAGGAGGCGAGGCUGCUGGCUCUGCCCCUGGUGGUCUCCCUCCUCAACCUGGGGGCCUCCUACCUGUUCCGUGGCUUGGCUGCCCUGGAGCGGCAUGAGUCCCCAGGGCUGGAGGUGUACGUGGCCAUCUCCAGGAACCUCAUCCUCAAGAUGGCCAUCCUAGGCAUUCUUUGCUACCACUGGCUGGGCCGCAGGGUGGCUGCCCUGCAGGGCCAGUGUUGGGAGGACUUCGUGGGCCAGGAGCUGUACCGGUUCAUGGUGAUGGACUUCCUGUUCGCACUGCUCGACACGCUGUUUGGGGAGCUGGUGUGGAGGCUCAUCUCAGAGAGGAAGCUCAAGAGGAGGCGGAAACCUGAGUUCGAUAUUGCAAGGAAUGUUCUGGACCUGAUUUAUGGGCAGACUCUGACCUGGCUGGGGGUCCUCUUCUCGCCUCUACUGCCGGCUGUGCAGGUCCUCAGGCUGUUGCUCCUCUUCCUGGUCAAGAAGGCCAGCCUGAUGGCCAACUGCCAAGCUCCCCGCAGGCCCUGGCUGGCCUCGCACAUGAGCACCGUCUUCCUCACACUGCUCUGCUUCCCGUCCUUCCUGGGUGCCGCCAUCUUCCUCUGCUAUGCCGUGUGGCAGGUGAAGCCCUCGAGCACCUGCGGCCCCUUUCGGACCCUGGACACCAUGUAUGAGGCAGGCAGGGUGUGGGUGCGCCACCUGGAGAGUGCAGGCCCCGGGGCCUCCUGGGUGCCCUGGCUGCACYGGUACCUGGUGGACAGCACCUUCUUCCUCUUCUUGGCAUCUGCCCUGCUGCUGGCCAUCAUCUACUUCAACAUCCAGGUGGUGAAGGGCCAGCGGAAGGUCAUCUCCCUCCUUAAGGAGCAGAUCCGCAAUGAGGGGGAAGACAAGAUCUUCUUGAUCAACAGGCUUCACUCUGUCUACGAGAGGAAGGAGAGGAGCAGGUAGAGGGAUUGGCAUCACCCAGGCGCCACUGUGGGUAGAGGCACCGUGUUCCCCGAGCCCCUCCACUGCUGCAGCCUGCACAGGAAGCAUGCCGACAGCACAGGGCUGCUGCUUGUUGCUUACAUCACACAAAAUUGUUGACAUGUGACAGCAUUUGACCAGCAAAAGUGGAAAUUUCCCAGUUCAGUUCCCCCAAGCAAAUCCAUGGAAGGUGAAUCUAGUGGCUGUCUCCACUCCAGCCUGCUGCCCACCUGCCUCCAUCCUCCGUCAGCCUUGGGAGGCCUCCAGUUCUGCCAGGGACUUGGAAAGAAUUUUGGCAUCUGGCCAAGCUGUUGGGCCCUCACUGACUUUCCUUUCUGGCAGAGCUCACAGAAACGAGGAGGCCGUAUCGCCCUCUGCCCUGCUUGCAGACGGAGGGGACAGCUGGUGGGACAGUGAGGGGCCUGGCAGGCUC